AUGGCUCCUUCCGCACUUUCACUUCUGGCCGCACUGGGCGUCUGCUCGCAGGCCCUUGCCGCUGCGGGGACAGUCUCGGUGGCUGCCACCACGGUCCCUUCCGCCAACCCAAUCGCGAAUGCCCCGUAUUUCGUCAGUGAAACACGGCAGCUCACGGAAAGUGUCCUACGGACGCUGGGGAACCACAGGUCCCUAUUCGAAUUUGCUGGCGCCAACCUAUCCCUGCCCGCCGUGGGCACAUGCAAGAUUUACCCCGGAGAUGCUGCGUGGCCCUCGACCUCCCAGUGGUCGAUAUUGGAUCAAGCACUGGGCGGUGCCCUGAUCAAGACGGUCCCUUUGGCUGCCACCUGCUACCCGGCCUGGUCGGCGUACUACAACCAGACAGCCUGUGAAGAGAUCUCUAGUGAUUGGACUGUGUCGUACCUGCAUGCUGCAGACCCCGCCUCAAUCAUGUGGCCCCUGUUCGAGGGUCGUAGCUGUCUCCCCACGGAUAUCGCGACCUCUUCCACCUGCACCAUUGGUGGCUACAGCAGCUAUGCCGUCAAUGUCAGCACUGUGGCCCAAAUCCAGCUGGCGGUCAACUUCGCGCGCAACCAUGGGCUACGCUUGACAGUCAAGAACACAGGCCACGACUUCAGCGGCAAGUCAACCGGUGCUGGGGCCCUGGGCAUCUGGACCCACAACCUCAAGGAUAUUGAGGUCUACGAUGAAUACCACCUGGGUAACUACCGUGGCCCGGCUGUGAAGCUGGGGGCUGGUGUCCAGGCCUUUGAGGUUUACGAGAAGGCUCACGAGCUCGGCUACACUGUCGUUGGGGGCGAGGGCAAGACCGUGGGUGUGGCCGGUGGGUACGUGCUCGGCGGUGGCCACUCCCCCAUGUCCAGUGUAUACGGACUGGCUGCAGAUCAGGUUCUCGCCCUGGAAGUCGUCCUGGCCAACGGUCGUUUCGUGACUGUAACCGAGAAAUCAAACCCAGACCUCUUCUGGGCUCUUCGCGGCGGCGGUGGUGGAACCUACGGUGUCGUGAGCUCCAUCAUCUCGCGCCUGCACCCCAAAAUCCCCGUAACCGUCUCCACCUUUUCCUUCAUGACAUCAACGAACGUGACAGCCGACACCUUCUGGGCGGGCGUGGAUGCGUAUAUGAAGCGCUUUCCCACCAACGCCGACGCAGGCACGUACGCUUACUUCUGGAUCAUCAAACUCGGGGAGGAGAGCUUCGAAUUCCUGAUGAACCCUUACUUCGCGGUGAACCACACGGUGGCCGAGUUCAACACGCUGAUGGCCCCGUGGUUCGCCGACCUGGACCGGCUGGGCAUUACCUACACCCCCAAUACGACUUACUACGACAAUUUCUAUGACGCCUGGGAAGCGGGCUUCCCUCUCGAGACUAUCGGCAGCGUCACGAUGAUGACCGGCUCGCGCCUCAUCCCGCGCGAGAACUUCGUGAACGCAACCCUCCUCAACCAGACUGCUGCCGCCUUUCGUUCAACUGUUUCCGCGGGCUACUCGCUGUUGGCCUUCAACCUCAAGGCCGAGCUCCCCGCCGGCUACCCGGAGAGCGCGGCCAACCCGGCCUUCCGGACCACGCUGAUGCACGCCAUCACCUCGACCAGCUGGAACAGCAAUGACACCAAUGAGGAAAUCAUGAAGACAAUGGAUACCCUGACGUACGAUGUGUUAGGCGAGUGGCGCAAGACCUGCCCGGACUCCGGGGCGUACAUGUCCGAGGCGGAUAUCCAGGAGCCGAAUUUCCAGCAGGCAUUUUACGGAAAUUUCUACGCACGAUUAUAUGCUCUCAAGCAGCGGUGGGAUCCCGCGGGUCUCUUCUACGCGCCCACGGCUGUGGGGAGUGAGGAUUGGCAGGUGAGAAGUCUGGAUGGGUUACCAGACCAAAAUGGGCGGUUGUGCCGGGUUUAAGACAAUUUCACUGAUGUUAUUAAGCGUUUGGG